AUGUGGAUAAUCAUCCAGACGAGAUGUGCAUAUCCGACCGAAGAUGGAGUCCUCAUCCCGUGCGACAAAUGGGAUACACCAACCAGAAAGAAGAUUGAGGCUAACGUCAAAGCUAUUCAGACCCUACAAUGCGGCCUGACAAAAGAAGAGCUGAACCAAGCCAACCCAUUUUCAAGUGCGAAAGAACUAUGGGAGAAGCUGAUUGAACUGCAUGAGGGAACCUCAACCACUAAGGUGGAUGAGACGACUAGCCAACUUCACGCACGCAUUCAAGACCUCCUCAACGGUCUCCAUGCAAUUAGACAAAAGGUGGAAAAUCGUGACAUCAUCAGGUAUACACUUAAUGCAUUUAAGAGGUACACUUUAUGGGCAUCCAUGGUAGAUGCUUACAAAGUGUCUAAAGAUCAUUCAUAA